AUGCAUAAACUCAAAUCUAUGCGUACUCGUAAACCCUUGAAUUCUGUGGUUAUGAUCACAGAGCCCGUAUGUGUCGUUUACUUAACAGAGGCACGACAAGUGUCCUCUGAAAGCAUUAUUAAUAAUGAAUCUGAAGCUUCUGGCGGUGAAUCCAUUGACCAAAAUCUCAGUGACUCGGCACAUAGUGAAAAUUAUGUUCUCAAUGAAAACGCAGUCGAUGAUGUUGCUUUCAAUAGUGAUGAUGGUCACGAUAGUGAAAGGUUUCAGGAUAUGUCAGACCAUGCAUCGACGACUGAAUUUUCGGAUUCGUUAAAUUCUACUGUAGUAUCUAAUCAAGGCGAUGCAUUUUUCAAUAUCGAAGAUUUCGAAGCUCAUCUUGCCACCGCUUUCACAGAAGCCAAUAUGAAUCAUCAACAGAUUAAAAUUGUUUUGAAAGUUCUGAAAACCCAUGAUUGUGUUGAACAGGUCUUCGUCGCAUUCUUUUUGUCCACUCCUGCGGAAAUGAUUCCUGAUGUUCUGCUAGUAGAUAUGAGCACUGAUGAGGCAUCACUCGAUAAAGCUAGUAAAAUUAUUAUGUGGCCAAUUCAAAUUAGAAUUGUAAAUAUUGCUAAAAGUAGUCCAGAGAUUGUUGGUAUUUUUAAAGCUAUGAGGAUAUUUGCAAAUCCUUUAGCUUCCAAUGAAUUAAUUGACUUAGCAGAACAGUUCAUAAAAAUAUUUGUUGAUAGAGCAUCAGAUGUUUAUGGCAUUGAAUUCUUUCAUACAACACCCAUGCUUUGUUACACCUUGCUGAGGAUAAAACCUGCUCAACAUUUGGAACAAAUUUCUAAAAGACGUUCUGAGAAUUGUUCCGUUAACGUCAGGAAGCGUGUUGAUAGUAACAGUUUCAAAUUUAUCAGUUCACAUUCAGAUGGCCCAGAACUGAAAUUGAUUAUACCUAUAGGCAGUAUAAAAAGUAGUUAUGGAGGAUCUCAGAGGACCCAGCUCAUUUCCAUAAUCAAUAGACUUUGGAAGAAUCCACUCAAACUUAAAAGUUGUACAAAGAGAGCAACUUGCGGGAGCCAUGCAACUAUAUCACCCAUACUUAUGUCCCGUAUACAAAAAAAAUUGGGGGGAGCUUCUCCUGAAACAGCUACGUCCAACCUCAUGGCUGAUUUGCAGAGGACCCAGGCUGAGAACCCUAAGUUGUUCCAAAUGCUGCAGAAGUCUCCAGUACAUCAGCAUCGGAACGAUAUUACGCGGAAAAACAGCACCCCGAACGUUAAUAAACAACCGUAUAAACAUCAGGCAACUAAUAGUAGUAGGCACUUAAGUAGACGAGACGAAAAUAUACCUCAAGCCUCAACGUCCAACAUGACCAUGGAAAAGUUUCAAAGAGAAGUUCUACAGUCAUUGAGUGAUCUAAAAGAAAGGUUAUCUGACUGCGAGCGUAUGACUAAGGAAAACAAUUCAAUGUUGAAGACUCUUACGGCGAAAAAGAAAGUGGGAAAAAUGAGUUGUCCAAGCUGGUUGCCUUUUAAAAGUGUCGAAGAUCUAAUUUCCUUUGAAAAUGUUGAUGACGAAACAUUCAAUCAAACUGUCGAUUAUCUAGUGUAUUUGGGCGGCCGCAACGUCGAGGAUAGUCUUUCCCUAUACCUCAAGAGCAGCUUUGAAGUGACGGAGAGUUUGCUUAAAAAAGUAUCUUGGCUUGGCCAGCCAAGUAAAAAUAUUACAAGCCUUUCUGAAUCACGCUUCAUAAGAGCUUGUGAAGAAGCGGUGUCCUCAUACAAUAAGUUUCGAAAGCCCAAUAACACAGAGUUUUCGGACGCUGUGACCAAAGCUCUGAAGGCUCUUAAAGAGAACUUACGGCGCCAAAUUGUAGCAAAAGCUGCUAAAAAGCAGCUACCUCGACGAUCAAGGUCUCGCUCUUCGGGUGGGAGCAAGGAACAGAGUAGGGGCGUGAUGGAGCUUGAAGGAGGGCAACCAACUCGGCAGUCCCGACCCAGGUCUCGCUCUCCGGACGGAAGCAAGGAUCAGAGGAGGAAGGUGAUGGGACUUCAAAAAAAAAUACCACCUCGGCAGUCCAGAGUCUCGGAAGUCCAGAGUUCAGAGUCAGAAUUCCUGAGUCACAACAAUACCUCACUACUGACUCAAUCGCCAGAUGGAAGCAAGGAUCGGAGAAGGGACGUGAUGGAGCUUCACGGAAAGCAACCAUAUCGGCUGUCCCGACCACCCAGGUCUCGCUCUCCGGAUGGGAGCAAUGAUCGGAGAAGAAGCUUGAUGGGGCUUCAAAAAAAGCGACCGCCUCAACAGUCCAGAUCCAGGUCUCGAUCGCCGGAUUUAAGGGAGAAUCGCUUCGAAACAAGCACUUCGAGGAGAAGGAGCAUGGAGCUUCAAAAAAAGCAGGAACUACCUCGACAGUCCAGACUCAGAUCUCGCUCUCCGUGUGGGAGCGAGGAUUACUUUGAAGCCAGUACUCCAAAGAAAAGUAAGGUGAUGGAGCAGGAGCAGAACGAAUUUCUGAGUCGCAACGAUACCUUACUACUACCACAUAAUAUUAACACAACAACCGUCGUCUCCGAGAUUCAUAAUGUCCAGAAUGACGAAAAUUCUCUGGAAAAUAUCGGCAAUCGUGGAGGCGAUGAUAUCGAGAGUGUUGCUGAGUUCCAGAAUGAUGCGCAAGAUAUGGAGGCUAAUUAUAAUGAAGAAAAUGAUGCAGUAGCUGAGGCGAGUGAUGCAGAUGAAGGAAAUAAGAAUUAUAAUGAUCAAGAAAAUGAAGAUGAAAGCGAUGACGAAGCAAUGCAAAUUGAGUGCCUUGUAGACGACCCCGACGUUCGAUCAUACAUACUUUCGCAGACUGCGAUGGAACAAAAAUUAUUUUUUAAAAAUAAUAUAUAAAAAAUAAAGUUUAUCAAUUAAAAUUAA